AUGCCGGGAGUUGUAGUUCAGUGGCCCCGAUCUGUGUAUCUUUCUCCCAGCGGUUCCUUCCCACGAUGCACUGCGCUGAGGGCGGGGGAGCCGACUUGCUGCGCUGGAGCGAGUGGUACAAAAGUUGCAGAUACUACCUUUAAUUGGGACAAAUCACAAAAAUGACAGAGCGUGCCAAUAACUUUCCACCCCUGCCUAAGUUCACCCGCCUGCGACCCUGUUUCUAUCAGAAUUUUGAGGAAGAGAUCCCUGACGAGCAUAGGACUCUGGUGCGAAGGAUUUAUCAUCUGUGGCUAUUUUAUUGCCUAACCCUUGCCGUGAAUGUAGUUGCCUGCCUGGCUUGGUGGAUUGGUGGAGGCAAUGGAGUCAAUUUUGGCUUUUCGAUCCUUUGGCUGGUGCUCUUUAGUCCAUGCGGAUAUGUUUGCUGGUUCCGUCCAGCAUAUAAAGCCUUCAGGUCGGACAGCUCCUUCAACUUCAUGAAUUUUUUCUUUGUGUGCGGGAUUCAGUUUGUUCUUUCGGUUAUCCAGGCAAUUGGAAUCUCAGGAUGGGGUGCAUGCGGCUGGUUGGCAGCAGUGAGUUUUUUCAGCACAGCUGUGGCAGUUGCGAUAAUCAUGCUGUUCCCCGCUGUGAUGUUUACAGUAUCUGCUGUAGCCACUGCGUUGGCACUUUUCCGGGUGCACCGGUGGUACAGAGGGGCUGGUGGAAGUUUCCAGAAAGCCCAGCAAGAGUGGAACAACGGAACAUGGAAGGCACCACCAAGCAAUGAAGCACAAUAUUCAAAUUUCGCCGGCCCCACUCUACCUCAGUAUCCUACAGUCCCAAGCUAUCCAUCAGGUGGUCAAUGGCCCUGAGUUUCCUGCAAUUGGGCUGUUACAGGUGAAGUGUCUCCCGGCCACAUUGAACUUAUCUGCUGCUCCCCUUAAAGCAGUCUUUUUGUUUGUAACAUCUGUGAUGGUCUGAAAUGGACCCAGACUGACUGCCUCAGAACGCGAAGACGGGCUUUUAAAGUAAACACAUGAGAAACAAACCAUCCUGAAGCAGCACGUAAUUACCUCACAGCACUUCUAAAAAUCUCCCGGUCAAUGUGCUUAAAUCUAACUGUGAAAAGAGAACAUGGUGGUUAAAAUGGAACAUAGAUUUCCAUGGUGAUGUACCAAAUGCCAAAACUGGAAAGUCACAACAUGCAAAAGUGAUUACAUUGAUUCCAAAUUUUUUUUUUAUAUUUAUUAUUAUUUGGGCAGUAAAACAGAAAGCAAAAGUGAUUUGAUUUUUUAUUUUGUAAUUUUUUUUUUUUUAUGUGAAAUUAUAUUCUGGAAUACAU